AUGGAACACGCACGGCCACCAUCCGAAUUGGUAUUAGAAGGCAACUCCGUCAGCCGGGCUGACGCGUGGAAAAAAUGGCGGACACAAUUUAAUCUGUUUUUAAAGGCGUCCGGUGUGCACAAAGAAGAUAGUGCGGUACAAGCAAGUCUACUUGUAAAUCUUAUUGGGCCGGAAGGCUUCGAUUUAUUUGAAACAUUUCAUUUCGAACAAGAAAAAGACAAAGAUAAUGUGAGCCUGUUAAUAAAAAAGUUUGAUGAGUAUUUUGGUGCGAAGCCAAACUUAACAUUAGCGAGAUAUAAUUUUUUUAUGCGCAAUCAAGAAGUCGGUGAAUCUAUAAAUCAAUAUGUAACGGCGCUAAGAUUGUUGAGCAAGACGUGCGAAUUUAAAUCAUUGGAGGAAGAACUUAUUCGCGAUCGGAUCGUGUGCGGUAUUAAUAAUGCAAUGGUUCGUGAUCGUCUAUUGAGAACGGAAGAUUUAUCUUUGGAAAAAUCGAUAAAAAUUUGUCAAGUUGACGAGUUGUCCCACGACAGCGGUCGGUUGUUGGAUACGCGUGGCUCGGAUGGAAACGUUAGCCAUGUGGACAUAGUCGGCGUCGGAAACAAAGGCGAUGGACUGGCGUGGCGUGGGCGUGGGCGCGGGCGCGGCGGCCGAGCGUGUUGCGGCGUGACGCGCGCGCCCCGCGACCGCCCCGACGAGCAGCGCGCUUCCACCUCAGCGACGGGCUUCUGCCCCAGGUGUGGGGGACAAUGCAGUCAUUCUACUAAGUGUCCGGCUAUUUCAGUGCAGUGUUUUGUGUGUGAAAAUUAUGGUCAUUUUGCUAGAGUGUGCAAAGUAAAAAAAAGUGUUAGAAAGUUACACGAUAUUAGUGUGCUAGAAAAUAACGUGGACGAAAACUGCAGCGACGUAGUGGUGUCGGUGGACGCGAGCAGCGUGGCGCUGGGCGCCGUGCUGUUGCAGCGCGGCCGCCCCGUGGAGUACGCGUCGCGCACGCUCACCGAUACUCAAACUAGAUAUGCUCAAAUCGAGAAAGAAAUGUUAGCUAUCGUUUUUGCUUGUUCCACCGUUGAAAAUAAUAACGGCCCAGCGAGCGGGGCUCAAAUGAAAUUGAUUUAA